AUUUUAUUUCGGCUGUCAAACAGAGCGCGUCUACGGAGAAAAUAAAAAAUAAAAAUGAGUGAAUGCGAUCGAGAACUCCGCGAAUUUAUCGAAGUUUAUAAAGCCAUGCCGGAGCUGUGGAACAGCAAACUGGACUGCUACAAAAACAAAAAUGUACGCCGUAAAAGUUAUCAGAAACUUUUGAUAGAAUUUAAAAAAAUAAAAAACGAUGCAUCAAUAGACGAAUGAAAAAAAAGUUGACAAAUAUGCGUACUUGCUAUCGCCGGGAGCUCAAAAAAACGUUACAAAGUGAAUCUGGUGCAGGAGUUGAUGAUUUAUACAUUUCACCUCUGUGGUAUUUCGAGGAGCUCGACUUUUUGCGAGACCUGGAAAUACCUGUGUCUGGUGUAACAUCCAUCAGUUCGGAUGAAGAGGAAGAAGCGUCCGUUCCCGUGCAAUCUUUGAAGAAAUUUAAAAAAGGGGCUAGCGAAAGACGGAGUUUCUAAAGAAAGCAACCGAGCAUUUGGAGACAUCCAAAAAACAAAUGGAUGAAGCGGAAAUUUAUGCAAAUGCAUGGGCUUGCAUGUACAGGCAAAUGAAACCGGAGCAGCAACUUUUUGCAAAGCAAGCAGUAGACGAAGUGAUGCUGUUGGGCCGAUUUGGAAAAUUAUGUUUCAAUUAUCUGCACAGUCCUUCAAGCUCACCAAAUUUAAGUAGUCCGCAUGUAUCACGAACUAGCUCGCCUUUUUUAAGUAAUGACUCGCCAUUUUAUAUUUCAACAUCUUCUGUAAGUCCAACUGAAUCAACAUCACGCUUUUCACAUUUUACUUCUUUGCCAACUGGAAGCCCCAUACAAGCAACAUCACAUUCGCAACGUUUAACUUCUGUGCCCAUACAAGCAACAUCACUUUCGCAACGUUUUACUCCUGCGCCAGCUAUAAGCCCCAUACAAGUUCCAUCACAUUCGCAACGUUUAACUUCUGUGCCCAUACAAGCAACAUCACUUUCGCAACGUUUUACUCCUGCGCCAGCUAGAAGCCCCAUACAAGCUCCAUCACAUUCGCAACGUUUUACUUCUGUGCCCAUACAAGCAAAAUCACAUUCGCCACGUUUUAUUUCUGUGCCAACUGGAAGUCCUGUAGAAUCAACAUCACAAACAAUUGAAAUAACUCCAGAGUUACAUUUUGCAGAUGAAAACGAAAGUCAAUACACAAGUGUUUUUGAUUUGUUGAAUGACUCCCAAUAUCAAUUAAUAAAAACAUAUUAA